AUGCUCGCUCCUCGCCCUGCUCUCUUCCUGCUGGCAACUUGCCACCUCCUGGCAUCAUCAGGAGUCAUUGGUAUAGUGCAGCUGCCCCUGUCAUCGCCUGGGCAGGCAGGUUUUCCUGGUGUGCUGAAUGGGCCAGGGAAGACGGUCUGUUACAACUUCAGCUUGACAGACAGUCAAGUCCGCGAGGUCGUAUGGAACGUUGAAACGGAAAGUACCGAUCGUAUGGUGGUCGGAAGCAAGAAACUCGAUGAUAUAAACAUUUUGGAAAGAACCAUCCUUAACGUAGAAAUUGCGAGCGAGGGCAAGCCUGUUCCUCCAUCAUGGGAGUGGGUGGGAGACGUCGAGUCUCUGGUCCUGGAACUCACGCACAAGACUUACUUCGUGGAGAUCUCUCAUUUCUCUGAGCCAUACCCUUCGCUGGAUGGCCUCAAUACCUACGCAAGCUUCCAUCUGCAAGCUCAGAUCUUCGACGUGUCAGUGAUGCCCCUCGAGGCUCUGAACCCUCUCGAAAAUUUCUGCGGAUGGGACAGAACUCAGUCGAGCUCAUCCUCCUCUCUUCAGAUCUACAGCGUUCCGAGGACAACACUGCAGGACAGAAUCUUAGGUGGGCUGCGAGUUGCUUUGCAAGUCAACGACACGAAGUCAGAAAUCCGCUGGUAUCCUCCCGGAAAGGGAGGAGUGAAAGCGACCAGCUGUCCUUGGGAAGUGAAUGUCAGUGAAAAUUUCUCUUAUCAGAUUUAUAUCAAAGACAUCACUGAUUUCGUGGGGACCUCUGGUGUUGAGUACAACAUUGGCAAGGCCAAGGGGGUCGUCAAUCCUUCCGCCUAUCCUCCAGGAGCUUUUGCUGACGUCCUCAAGCCCACUCUCUGCCCUACAGUCCAGCCCAAUGGCUGCCCGACGUCCUACCCGCGAUGCCCGAAGCAGUUCCUUUCCAACUGCACAGAGAUCGCUGCCAGCGUCCUGAAGCUCAAGGAGGCUCUCAACGGGACAGAGCGUCCGAUCGAUUCCUACCUCAAGGACCCGACCAACUUCACAAUGUGGACGUCAUGUGGCCUCUACACCACAGCCAAUCGGUUUGGACGGACAAGAAGGUGA